UUGAUAAGAAAGCAAAAUCAGCGGAUUUUUCCUCGUAAUCUGAUGCUGUUGAGAAGAUCUUGCUUCCUGAGCCAGUGUUCCCGUUUCAGUUCAGAAUUAGCUUCAGAUGUAAAGAAACGGAGACUUGUUAUCAAGGAUGGUCCCAGCUUUCAAGAUUUCGUAUCCAGCAGUAGUGUUGCUGAAGCGGUUUCCAAGUAUGAAGGAAAGUUAAAGCUUGAAAAGGGAGAUAAAAGAUUACGAUUACCACCCUGGUUGAAAAAGGAAAAGACGCUCCCUAAUGAUAACGAGAAUGUGGCUAAGAUGAAGAAACAAUUGAAAUCGCUGAAAUUAGCAACAGUUUGUGAAGAGGCGAGGUGCCCUAAUUUGGGAGAAUGUUGGGGGGGAGCUGAAGACUCUAUUUCCACGGCAACUAUUAUGCUGAUGGGAGACACUUGUACUCGAGGAUGUAGGUUCUGUUCUGUUAAAACGGCUCGAGCUCCUCCUGCUCUUGAUCCGAUGGAACCAGAGAACACAUCCACAGCAGUCGCCUCAUGGGGAGUAGAUUACAUAGUUCUGACAUCAGUAGAUAGAGAUGACUUAGAGGAUGGAGGAGCCGCCCAUCUUCAUAAAACUGUUCAGCUGCUUAAACAGAAAAAACCUGAACUACUUGUUGAAUGCCUUCUGCCCGACUUCGCGGGAAACACGGACAGCAUUGACCUCAUGGCAAUGAGCGGAUUAGAUGUUUAUGCUCAUAACUUGGAGACCGUUGAGCGUCUCACUCCAUGGGUCCGCGACCCACGAGCCAAGUAUGGACAAUCUCUUGCAGGCUUGGCGCGCGUGAAGUAUACAAAUCCAUCUGUUGUAACUAAGACCUCCAUCAUGUUGGGCUUGGGUGAAACGGACGAAGAGAUCAAAAAGGGUUUGGAGGAUCUACGAGGACACGGAGUGGAUGUUGUAACAUUCGGUCAGUAUAUGCAGCCUACUAAGCGUCACUUGCUGGUAAAAGAAUGGGUAACUCCUGAGAAAUUUGAUUAUUGGGCUGAAGUGGCGAAAGAAAUGGGUUUUCUUUAUGUUGCUUCCGGUCCCUUAGUUCGUUCAUCUUACAAAGCCGGCGAAUAUUUUUUGAAAAAUGUCCUCAAAAAUCGACUCUCAUCAUUUGUCUUCUUAGUAUCAACGAUGACUUCCUUAUCUGGGCAGAAAGGAACGGUUAUGUAUUUAUCCCUUAAUAGUUAUAUGGCCCUGCGUUAUGAAGGUACUGCAGUGAUUGUCCCCCCUGAAUUAUUGAAAAGGGAAUAUUUGCCCGAUGAUAUCGUGGAAUUCGAUGCUGUAGCCAUUAGUACCAAAGAGCAAUUAUUGUAUAUAAGCUCGGGAUGGAAGCCCAAAUGGAAAGCAUCAAGGGUCAAAUUCGUUAAGCAUGCCCAGAUUAUUGAAGGCGUCGGAAAAGUUUUGAACAUCGAUGCUAAAGGAGAAUUUUGUUUUAUCGAACACACCUCGCAAGGAAACAAAUAUAAUAUUUUCUGCACCAGAAUCAAUGUUUUACCACCAGUUGCUAAUAUAAAUUUGAUAUUCUCAUCCGGCUCUAGCGUUCGGUUUGUAGCCAAAGAACAAGCUCCCACGAUGAAAAGUAAUGUAAAAUGGAGAACUGCCGCUGUCACAGACAUGAAACAUGAGCUUAAAGCAAAAUUAACCGGCAAAAUAAAGAACUGGCAUGCCGUCCCAAUCAAUAGCUUGCCUAAACCAGUCCAAGUUUCACCUGUACAUAAUAAGACUUCACCUGUUAGAAUGCAACCUCCUGAAGUUACUCGUUCCGCUCCUGCAGCAGCCCCCGUUGCUCCCGCAGCUUCUGUAGUCCCCGUAACUCCUGUUACUCCAGUAGCUCCAGUAGCUCCUGUUGUAGCAGUGGCACCUGCAGCUCCUGCGGCUCCCGUCGCUCCCGUUCCUGUUAAAAAAACUUGGUCAAUUCCAUUGACGCCUAGUAUAGAAGAAGUAAAGCCGACUCCAAAAGCUACUGAGGAAGUUUGCGAAGAACAGCAAAACUGUGAGAACAAGGAGGAAACUUAUACAGCUCCUGUAGAUUUUUCAAUUAAUUCUUGCAACAAUUUUUCCGACAACAGUGUCAUUUCGGAAAGUCCAAACACCAAGCCUCAUCCGUUAGCCUCUUACGAUUGGAUGAAAGUUGAUUUGAUCACAGUUCUUCGAACUUUCCAAGAUCCAAGUAAAAAGAAAGAAGGCGAAGUUGGCAAAGUGCGCAACCUUAACCAUGGAGGUGUUUAUGGAUAUUGCUUGUCUCAUUAG